AUGGAUCAGCUCUUCAAUGUGUUCAAGUCGGUUAAUACACUUGCAACCUUUAUGAGGUGUCGAAAACACGUUCUUCCGACAGUCAAGAACCUCAAAUGUGCUCACAAAGACAUUACCGACGCGCACUUCGCCAUGUUCAAAUACCUUCUUCCUGACGACAUCUCCUAUGUGUGGGUCGAUUCACAGCAAUACAGCGGCGAUCAGAGGGAUGUCUUUGACAUUGAGGAAGAUGGCGACAACUGGAUUCUCAUGUUCGACUUCAUCGAUGGUGAUCUGAAACCCCAGCCAGCCAGCAAGAAACGCAAAGUCGAAGAGAAGGAGUGGAUUGCAGUGGAAGAUCGAGUCAAGGUGGAGUUGGAUGAGACGGUUUUGAAUCUUACCAAUCCACGAGAGAACAAUAAACGUGACAAGCAAACCUGGAAUUUCAGUGUAGAAGACAUGGGCAAGCUGGCCGCCAAGCGGAAUGCCAAGUUCAAGGACGCGGUGGAAUUUUUGAGAUCAAAAAUGAAAUCCUUAGAUUACCAAGGGACCGAGGUGGAGUACUUGAGGGAAAAGAUUGAGAUUCCACAAAUACCGACAUUUGUGGAUGUUAUGAAUGUGGAUCGGAAGAAAGCCACAAACCAAGGACAGGCAAUGGUGGAUGUCACUCAACUCAUCACUGAUAUCACAACGAAGGAGUCCUACUCUGGGCAGAUUGUCGAUAAUGGAUAUAUGAUCAUUCCAGAAGAGGAAGCCAGAUAUGGCGAGCUGGAGUAUGAGCCGAACAAGGAAGUCAUGGCAGCAUUUGAGUUGACCAAGGGGGUCACCAAGUUGUUCACCCACCAAGCUGAUGCACUGAAUGCCCUAUAUCGUGGACAAAAUGUGGUUGUGUGUACACCCACUUCUUCGGGAAAGUCACUAAUUUACCAGACGCCUGUUCUAGAGUCGCUUCUAAACAAUGAUUCAUCCAGGGCCUUGUUUAUCUUUCCAACUAAGGCGCUGGCACAGGACCAGAAGAGAUCGCUGACAGAGCUUUCCCUGGCCCUUGGGCUUGACUAUGGAACAGUCGAAACCUUUGAUGGAGAUACCCCCUUUGAGAAACGAUGCGAAAUUAGAGACCGGGCUCGUGUCGUCUUCACAAAUCCAGAUAUGAUGCAUGUCAGCAUUCUGCCAAAACUAGAUGCAGAUAGAUCUUCCUGGAGGCAGUUCAUCCAAAACCUGAGAUAUGUCGUGGUGGAUGAAAUCCACUAUUACAACUCCCUAUUUGGCACACACGUGAGUCUUAUUCUGAGACGGCUAAGGCGCGUGUGCAAGUUACUGGGGAAUAACGUGGUACAGUUCAUUUCCUGCAGCGCUACCAUCAACAGCCCUCUCACUCACAUGAGUAAUUUGUUUGGCCUAGACGAGGGAUCCAUCACUUUGGUCGAUUCACCUGGCGGAGCGCACGGUCUCAAACAUUUCUUAGCCUGGAACACCCCUUACAUAUCGCCCACAGAUCCCCGAAGCGGCCGCGUAUCUGUGGUCGGUGAAGCCAUCUCUCUUCUGGCACACAUGGUGAAAGAGAACGUACGUACCAUUGUUUUCUGCAGAGUCAGGGUUAUUUGCGAGCAAAUUAUCAAAGGUGUUCGUCAAAAGUUUGUGGAUGAAGGCAGACCCGAUCUGUCUAACUUGGUUAUGAGUUACCGCGGCGGCUAUUCUCCACAAGACCGCCGCAAAAUCGAGCAGGACAUGUUUGCUGGUUGUUUAGUGGGUAUAGUUGCUACUAACGCCCUGGAGCUGGGAAUUGAUAUUGGACAGCUGGACGUAUGUAUCGUUGCCGGAUUUCCCAUGACUGUGUCUAAUCUACGACAACAGAGUGGCCGUGCUGGACGACGAAAGGACGGAUCAGACAGUUUGACUAUUGUCAUUGGUUCUGGAGAUCCCGUGGACCAAUUCUACAUGAAAAACCCUGACAAAAUGCUUACCGAGCCUACAGAAGCCCUUACAAUCGAGCCUCUUACUAACCUAUUACUCCUCGAAAGUCAUAUUCAAUGUGCAGCUUCGGAGUUCCCCAUUGAGCUGACACAUGAUGUGGAAUUUUUCGGUCCUUUAUUGCAUACAGUGAAGGACAAACUAAUUGAAGACAAGACUGACGAGACAACCUUCUAUCACACAUCAUCACGGUUCUCUGACAAUCCUGCUAAGGAUGUUUCCAUUAGAGGCAUUGAGGAGAACCACUAUGCUGUAGUGGAUAUCACCCACAACAAGGGUCACAUCAUUGAGCUUCUGGAAGAGAGCAGAGUGCCAUUUUCGUUAUACGAGGGAGGAAUCUUUAUGCACCAAGGGUUUCCCUACCUUGUUGUUGAUGUCUCAGUGGAAGAACGAAUGGGUAAGGUCCGAAGGGUCAAUGUGGACUGGUAUACGAGACAGCGAGACUUCACAGAUGUGGAUCCAGUCCAGUCAGAGGAGGUGAAACAGCUUUCGUAUGGAAAUGGGGGCGGAAAGGUGUCAUUUGGAAACAUCCGCAUCACAACGACUGUCUUUGGCUUCUUCAAGCUUGACAAGCGAGAUCGAAUCCUGGAGGCUGUGGAGGUUGACCAUCCGUCGUUUGUGAUAAACACAAAGGGGUUCUGGAUUGAUAUUCCACAAUCCACUAUGAAACUGAUCGAGGCCAAGAAGCUCUCUCUGGCCGGUGCAAUUCACGCCGCCGAACAUGCUCUCAUCAACUUCUUUCCAAGAUAUGUUGUCUGUGGACCAGGAGAUGUACGCACAGAGUGUAAAGCUCCUGAAAAGGAGUUUGCUAAACGGCAAUCCACUCGAAGACGGCCUUCACGGUUGAUAUUUGGAGACAAGGUAGGCGGCGAGGGCGGCUCUGGCUUGUCACAGAAGGCUUUUCAGUUUGUGGAAGAGAUCGUCAACAACGCUGUCGAUGGAGUUAACGACUGUGAAUGCGACUGGGGUUGUCACUCAUGUGUUGCUGGGGCCUUUUGCACGGAGAAUGGCCUUGUGUUAAGUAAACCAGGGGCACAGAUCAUUCUAUCCAAGCUCGUCGGUAGGGAUAUUGACUGGACUAAGGUGAAGGAGGGUCCUGAGCCGAACAUGCCUAUAGCAGAGACUAUCACAAUCGAAUAG